AUGCCAAUGUUUUCGAAUGAUUUAAAAACGAAUCUGACCAAACGGGCUUUCCCUCUGGAUUGGAGGGUAUGCUCGAGGAGUCCAGAGCUGAUUCAGAUCGACGAUGACGAGAACAGCAUCGAGUUGGAGCCAGUCCGAAAUCAGUUCAGUCCUCUAAGCAAAUUACAGUGGCUACCAACAACCGUAGAAGGAAAUCACGGCAACACAACAUUGGACAAAAGCACCGCAAUACCGGCAUCACUAACUAACAAGAAUACGAAAUUCCACAACCUUCCACCGCAGUCGGCGCCUCCGACCGACUUCUACUACCAGCAGUGCCCAUCAGUGGAAGAGACCAAUCACUCGUUCCCUGAGCCACCGGAUGGGGAACUGCCGUUGUUUGUGCAGCAGAGCUCCGUCGUCUCAUUGGCGGAAGAUCCUGAGCCGGCCCACAGUGAAGUGUCGGAGCCCCAACCCAAGCGGAGGCGACGCGACAGGGGUGAUGAUGACCUCGCCGACCAGAUGCGAGAUGCUAUGAAACACCUCAAGAACAUCACUUCUUUGCUCACCAGCUCAGAGGAUGAGUUCGAGCUGUUUGGCCGCAGCGUGGCGUUGCAGUUGAAGAAGAUGUCACUUUGUACGGCGUUGACGGUUCAAGCCAAAAUACAACAUUUGCUGUCCCAAUACAGGAUCAGUGAUAUUAAGCGAGAAGCGAAGGACAGGUUGAGACAAGCCACUACGAAUGAGGCUGAUUCGGAGGAAAACAAAUGUGAGGAUAAAGUUAAAGGAGGUGAAGAACACCCGGAAGCCUCGUCACCUCAGCUCUCUCUAACGUGCGCUUCAGAAACAUCAGAUAAUGAAGCGACGGAAGUAGGCUAGGUACUGGGGGCUUGUAGGAUUGUUACCAAUAACAUUUAGACUCAAAUCCUAUCUCUAUAUUAAAAUAUAAGCAGGGUGUUUAAAUGCGCGGAUACAGUUUUGUUUUCAAUUUUUUGGUUAGUCUACAUUAAUUUCAAUCUUUCUUUCCUAGCAUAGUCAAUCUCAAAGCUCAAGAUUAUUUUUACUGAUUGAGUAGAUAUUUUUUGUUUCAUAUGUUUGACCUAAUUUAAUUUUAUAACAAGAAAAUCAUAUAAUGUGAACAUUCUUCGAACAAAGUAUGUUUAUAAAUUUCAUGAAAUUGUAGAAAGUUGCUUUCUAUUGUGAUGUCAAGUUAAUUAAUGGUAAUUCCUUUAUGUAAAAGACAUAAUGAACGUUUCGUUACAAAUUAUUUUUACAGUUUCUAAAACAUUGUUUUAACAUAAAUAAAAGCAAAAAAAGAACUAACUACAGUUAAAUUUUGAAACAAUUAACAAAAUUUAUUAUUGUAAACUAUUUUUAAUCUUUUAGAGAAUUUUUUAUUUAAACUCAUACAACAUUCUGUUGAACUUGUUUCAUAGUUAUCACAUGCCUAAUAGUUUACUUUCAAUAUAGACAUUGGAAAACCGAACUAUGUAGUGUAUUUUUGUAUCUUGGUUUGUGAUUUACAUUCCCAUGGCAUGUAAUGUGUUUAAAAUCUUUACUUUUUUAGUAAUAUAAAAAAAAACUUUAAACACAUAGCACAAACAUUGUACAGUUUUGAAGAAGUAUUUCUUUAUUUGUGAUAUUUUUAUAUUAAAAGAUGUUUUAUAUUUAUUGUACAUUUUAAAGCGUUAAUUAGUUUUUUGUCAUUAUUAUUACUAGCAGUUUAAGCCCCAUAGUGACAGUUUGGAUGUGAAGAAUCAUAUUUACUGUGCAGUAAAACCAUCGUCGAGGGCCCAGAGAAUCGAGAAUAGACUGAAUUUUAUUUUGCUUAUCUUUCAUAAUUGAUGAAACUAAUUAGUGUUAUUGCAUCACUUCAGUAAUUACAAAUCUGAUGAUGUUAUUCAAUAUAAUAUUAUGAUGUAUAUAAUUUUAAUUUGUACAUAUUAAUUACAAAACAGAAUUUCUAGUCGUUAGCUUUUAUUUACUUAAAUAUUUCUUUUAAAAUAAAGAUGUAUUUGAAUAAAAUUUGUCCGCUUUCUUUU